UUCCAUCGUCCCACUGCAGCGAGCAGAGCCAACACUGGGCAACCCUCUAAAAUGUUUAUUUGGACCAGUGGCCGGAGCUCUACAUCUUACAGACAUGAUGAAAAAAGAAAUAUUUACCAAAAAAUCAAGGAUCACGAUCUACUGGACAAAAGGAAAACAGUCACAGCCCUAAAAGCUGGAGAAGACCGGGCCAUACUCCUUGGGCUGGCCAUGAUGGUGUGCUCUAUCAUGAUGUACUUCCUCCUGGGAAUCACACUGCUGCGGUCCUACAUGCAAAGUGUCUGGACAGAAGAGACUCAGUGCUCGCUUCUCAAUGCAUCCAUCACAGAAACCUUCAACUGUUCAUUUAACUGUGGUCCAGACUGCUGGAAAAUCUCUCAGUAUCCCUGCCUCCAGGUGUACGUUAAUGUCACCUCUUCUGGCCAGAAGCUUCUACUCUACCACACUGAGGAAACAAUGAAAAUUAAUUCUGAGUGUUCGUACAUCCCCAAAUGCGGCAAGAAUUAUGAGGAAUCCAUGUCGCUGGUGAAUGUUGUGAUGGAAAACUUCAGAAAGUACCAACGCUUCUCCUGCUUCUACGACCCAGAAGGUGUUCAAAAGAACGUGAUAUUAACCAAACUGUACAGCUCCAAUGUGCUGUUCCACUCCCUCUUCUGGCCCACCUGCAUGAUGAUCGGCGGCGUCGCCAUCGUCGCGAUGGUUAAGCUGACUCAAUACCUUUCCCUCCUCUGUGAGAGAAUCCAAAGGAUCAGCAGAUAGAAAUGAAACUGUCUCUGAAAUUUAAUUACAGCGAAAAUACUGUUUUCUCAUUCUUCACCAAAGAACCUUAAGUUUGUAAUGUGCAAGUCUGUUAUAAGUUCCUUACUAUAUUCUUAUAAGUAGAGCAAUAAUGCAAAAGCUGUUCUAUAUGCAAACAUGAUGUUAUUAUUAUGCAGACCAC